AUGUUCGAGGUCGUAUGUUAUUACCCCUUUUUGCCUUUUUCUUUUCCAUCUGCUGUAGCCCGACUGAAGUUGGAAUGGAUCCUUCAUACUCCCCCUGUUUCUUCCUCUACCCCCAUCCGCUCUUUCUGUCUUCCCCUCGACAGCCUUGCCUCUCUCUCCUCUGCUCCUGUGUCUCUAGUCACUUCCCCCUCUCUUCCUCCCUGUUUUCUGUCUUUGACUGGUUUUCACUUCCUCCCUGUCACCUCCUUCCCUUUCUUCACUCCCUUGGUCUCAUUCCCCUUCUUCCUCUCUCCCCUUUCCUACCUGCCUCUUCUCUUCCCCCAGCCUGCCCCCACCUCUCCCCAUGGUUUUAUUAACAUCUGCUGA